AUGAACUUAUUGCCAAGUGGAAUAUGCUUUUACAUAUCAGUAGCAAUCUGUUGGUUCACGUCAAGAGUCGACACGUCUUGGUGGUACAUGGGAACCCUGGGUUCACAGGUGAUGUGCGACAACGUUCCCGGAUUGGUUAACAAGCAGCGCCAGCUGUGCCGCCAGCAUCCGAAAAUGAUGCAGGCGAUUGGGUCCGGGAUCCGGGACUGGAUCGCUGAGUGUCAGUACCAGUUCCGGAACCACCGCUGGAACUGCAGCACCAUGGAGCGGGACCACACCGUGUUCGGAAAGGUUCUUCUUCGGAGCAGUCGGGAGGCUGCCUUUGUGUAUGCCAUAUCAUCGGCCGGCGUGGUCCACACCAUUACCCGCGCCUGCAGCCAGGGGGAUCUAGAGUCCUGCUCCUGCGACCCUGAGAAGAAGGGCACGUCCCGGGAUGCCAGGGGGCCCUUCGCCUGGGGCGGCUGCAGCGAUAACGUGGACUACGCCCUCAGAUUCUCCCAGACCUUCAUCGAUGCCAAGGACCGGAGGGAGAGGGACGCCCGAGCACUGAUGAACCUGCAUAACAACAGGGCUGGGAGGAAGGCAGUGAAGCGUUUUAUGAAUCUGGAGUGUAAAUGUCACGGAGUGAGCGGCUCCUGCACUGUCAGGACCUGCUGGCUCGCCAUGGCCGACUUCCGGCACACGGGGGAGUUCCUGCGUCGGAAGUACAACGGAGCCGUGCAGGUGGUCAUGAACCAGUACGGCACAGGCUUCAGCCGGGCCUACCGGAAGUUCAAGAGGCCCACCAAGAAUGACCUGGUCUACUUCGAGAACUCGCCCGACUACUGCGUCCGCGACCCUGACACUGGCUCGCUGGGCACAGGCGGGCGUGUCUGCAACAGGACGUCUCGAGGCAUGGACAGCUGUGAGGUCAUGUGCUGUGGGCGUGGCUACGACACCUCCCGGGUUGGCCGCACCACCAAGUGCGAGUGCAAGUUCCACUGGUGCUGCGCAGUGCGCUGCCGGGACUGCCAUGAGGUGGUGGACGUGCACACCUGCAAGGGCCAGGACAGCAGCACCUGGCGGGGGCAGGUGUGA